CCGUCUGCUUUCUAACGCGCUGAAGAGCUAUGCAUAUAACCCAGCUGAAUCGGGAGUGCCUCUUACAUCUAUUUUCUUUUCUGGACAAAAACAGUAGAAAAAGUCUAGCAAAAACAUGUCACAAAAUGCUAGAAGUGUUUCAAGAUCCUUUACUGUGGUCUUUGCUGAACUUUCAUUCUCCAGUGGAACUGAAGAAGGAUAAUUUUCUCCUGGGACCUGCUUUGAAGUACUUAUCCAUCUGCUGGCAUUCACAGACAGUCAAGGUGUGUAACACUGAGGAGUGGCUGAAAAACACUUUCCAGAAAGACUUCUGUAGCAGGCAUGAAACUACUGUCAAUGAUUUUUUACUAGAAGUUUGCAACAGAUGUCAAAACCUGCUCUCUCUGACCCUCUCUGGGUGUGGCCACAUUACAGAUGAUUGCAUCUUGCUUCUUCUCAAAAACUGCCCAAACCUCAAGACGCUCAAACUGGAAAAUUGCGUGCGGAUCACUGACCAGACCCUGGAAGCCGUGACCCUCUACGGGGGAUCCCUGCAAACGCUCCACGUGGAUUUUUGCCGGAACAUAACACAAAGUGGUCUAGAGAAAGUCAGGGAAAAACGUCCUUCAGUAACGCUAAGAGCAGACAGAAGCGCUAACAUGAUUCCAGACAACAAGCCAGAAAAAAAGCUGAUGCUUGAAAAGGCAUCAAGAAAACUGGUUCAGCUUUAAGUGGAACAAGCUGUAUGAAAUCAGUCAACAUGGCUCGUCUACCUCACUUCCCCUCUCCUCCCAGGUAGCAGGGCUGCAGUUAACCACGGCUACUUAACUGCACGCUGGGCUAAGUCCAAACACAUGGCUGGUAUAUUUUGUAAAGGCUCUACAGCGACAGUGUGUGCAUCGCCACCAGUGCAGUCUUAAGACGUUUUGUUUUCUGCUGUUUCUUCAAACUGGAAAAUCCUACAUUUCUGCCACAAGAUGGUAGCCUAGAUUAAGGUUAAGAAACUGUGAUUCUGAUAUCUUUGCUGAAGAGGGAAGGGGAGGGAAGAAAAGCAGCAGCCGAUACUGCUUGGGUAAUUGUAUGAUCUACCUACGUUUCAGGGAAAGCGUGAUUAACAGAUUUCUGUAAAAGGAGAUGCAACACACACGUCAUUCCAUCAGCUGGGGUGACAACCACUACGUCUCAGAUCCUUCUGGCUAGCAGAUCACAUUACCUGACAGCCACCACUUCCUCAGAAAUCAGAAUUUGUAGCUGAUUUGUCAGGCCUGUUUAUUGAAUGCGGAUAUGUAUGGCAAUGUGCACAAAAGACUAUCUGACCCUCCGUAUAAUGUAUUUUGACAAGCUACCCUUCAACUUAUUUUUUAAAGUUGGCAUUAAAGUGAGCCAGUCUGCAGAAGUAACCUACCUGAAAAGGCAAUGAUUUACAGCCUGUAAGUUAUGCAACUUCAAAUGCUGAAUUAGGAAAUUGCUACGGCAGAGAUCCGUAUUAACACCUGUUUGUCUCUGCAGCAGUAAAAACACGCAGCUGUUUGCAUCCCAAACCACAGGCUGUCGCAUUCAUACUGCUUUGCUACAUGGAAAUGAACCAUUUUUUAAAGGGUUUAAAUUGUGUGGAACAAUUCAGAAGAAUGAUUGCGUGAAUUGUUUUUUGUUUGAACUACAGCAUGCCUUUUUAAAAAGCACCAUCUCAAGCCCCGCACUUCACCUAUACGGGAGCACGUCCUCAAAUUCAGCUUUCCAUUAUUUUCCAUUUUGUACAGCAAGUGACGUUUCUGACAUGCCCAGACUUUGGCUCCUAGAGAGCAUACCAGAAAAUAAAAACCUGCAUAUUCGUGCUGCCUCUGCACCUGAACUUACUUUACCAUGUAUCUCCUCUGCACCUGAGCUUACUUUACCAUGUAUCUCCUCUCCCAUUCAAUGCAAGUCACUGAAGAACUUUAAGCUUGCAACGAGAGGUGGAUAAAUCUGGCUAUUGAUGAUUUAGUUUCUCCUACAGGACCAGAUAUCGGGACAGCUUCGAUACUGAACACAAAGCUACGUACAGCCCAGGCUGACAAGCUCUACAGGUCCUGAACAACAGAAUUCCAGCUUAAUUCACGAUGAAGUCUACAGCAGGAAGAUUUCAUUUUAAAUAAAAACUUACAGAGAGUAGAAAUACCUGGGUAAAGGUUUCUGUCCUUAAAAUUAAAGCACAUUUAGAAAUAUUAACCUUGGGAAAAUAGUGUUCUGUCCCGAAGAGUCAGCAUUUCUGUUCCAUUCCGUUAGAGGUAUUCACGACGACUUCGCUACAGCAAUCUCUCUGUGCGCACAUCAUAGUAAAUCUGGCUUUGAUUUAGAUGAGGUGCUCUAUAUUCGUUCAUCAACCCAUGAACGAGAACUUGCAUCACUGGAAUUCAAGUAUAUCAAGACUAUCAUGGUUUAAAAUAAUUUUACAGCUUUGAUGCGUUUUUACAGUUGUAAAUGCAUCUACAGGUAAAGCUCUGCAGGCUUCUAUUUUGUUAAUUACUUGUCUGCAUUUUACUCUCUCUUACAUAACUGGAAGAUUACAGGAGCUAACAUUUCUGAUAAGGAACACAGUUAGUGACGUCUUAAAAUUGCUAUUUAGUAAGUUAUUUAAGGUUGCUAUCCAUAUCCAACAUGACACUUUUUUUUUUUUUUUUCCCCUUAGAGAAUGAUGUGACCGCAGUACCUCUCUUAAAAGAUGUAUGGAAAAAUUGCUAUUCAAAUAAAGCAGAUUUCCCCCCCCACUGGCAUCCAAAAUGUAGAAAGAAGUUCUUAAGUUAGAUGUCAAUUACUUAUGAGUAACUGGUUUGAUUUUCCAGCAUCUCACUGUAUUCUUUUAACAAUAUUACUACUCCUUUUAUUAAAGUUAUGUGGAGAAAUGUUGCUUUGGAUAUCAUAAUGUAGAACUCGUAUUUUAACUUAGCUCUGAUGCCUCAGGUAGUUGGUCUUGAAAUAAAUCUUUAUUUCAA